GUGGUUGGCACCAUAUUGGUUUUUUGUUGAGGUUCCAAACAACAUAUAUGAAUUAGUAUAUGUCGAUCAGAAGGCAAGGCUCAGGUCUGCUACAAUUUAAUCAGUUGGCAGUGAGGUGGAGAUGGUUUGCUAUACUCUAUACAGAGCGGAACCCAUUUGCCUUGUAUAAUUGUAGAUCGAUUCAAUGAAAACAAGUUGGGACAUUUGAAGAUUCAUCUCAAUGGUAUUAAAUCAGCAACAAAUAAUUUUUCAGAGGCAUACACAAUUGCAUCUUGGUUUAGCUAUACUUUGUACAGAGCGGAACUCCACUUUUUUGAUAAAGAAAAUCUUUCAUGCCAGAAGGGGAAGUAUGAAGGAGAACAUCUGAAGGGACAGAGCACUGUAGUAUUAAAAAGGUACCCUUCUGGACAUGCCUUGUAUGGAGAAGAAGCGUUUUUUACAGAAAUUGAAAUGUUUACCCGUGUUAAGCAUCCCAACAUUGUAAAUCUACUUGGCAUCUGUGUUGAGGAUUCUGAGAUGGUCCUUGUCACUGAGAAUAUCUCUAAUGGAUAUCUUAUUGAUUAUUUGGGAGAUGUCAACCACAUGCGUAUUUUAACUUGGGAAAAACGUUUGAAAAUUUUCAUUGAUGUUGCACAUGCGUUGAAUUACCUUCACUAUGAGAUGGAAGACCAAAAGAUCAUAAUAAAUCGUGAUAUAACUAGUUACAGCAUUGGGUUAGAUGAGAACUGGGGGGCAAAGAUUGUUAACUUUUGGGUCUCCGUAUUCCUGCCUCCAAAUCAAGAAGACGAAGCUCUCUAUCUCAACAAUCGUAUUGGCAGACCUUCCAAUAGAGAUCCACAAUAUGAGAAGACUGGUAGGUUAAAAAGAGAAUCGGAUGUGUAUAGUUUUGGAGUUGUAUUGUUUGAAAUUCUAUGUGGGAGGAGAGCCAGUGACUCAAUUUACAAGAAGAAGAAUGUGAGAGGGUUAGGUCGUGUGGCAAGACAAAGCUUCUGCAUGGGAACACUAGAGGACAUGAUAGAUCCUAUAUUAAAGGAAGAAAUCGGUGAAAACAAUGUCGUUCUAAAUAAAGGACCCAACAAGGAUUCUUUGCACACAUUCAUCGAAAUUGCAUAUCAAUGUGUGGCGGAAACUCAAGACCAACGUCCUACAAUAAAAGUCGUUGUCAAGGAACUUGAGAAAGCAUUAUUAUUUCAAUUGAAUUCAGAGGUUAAAUCUGAUUACGUGGAGGAGAAUAGUCAUGCUUCCAUAAUUGAGACGCAAGUAGUUGAGCUUUCUAGUGAAUUGAACAGUAUGAACACGACUGACAAAUCUGAAAGUUCUGAAAUUCAAAACCAAAGACUCAGCUGAAUCUGAAUCUGGCUGUUGUUGGCCAUGUGGAUUCAGGAAAGUUAAAGACUCUCAGGAAGGCUGCUACACAUUCUCAGUCAAAUAUCUCAAAAACAGAUACACAAAUAUGAAAAUGAGGCUAAGUUGCAGGUACUUUUGGUUGUU